CCCACCACGACUCCUGGGGCCGCCUGCCUGAGCUCUGGUGCUCGGUACCCGGAGGGGAGGCGCUGCUCCCUUCCCGGCCCCUUCACCUGGCCGCUGCUUCUCCGAAACGUUUUCUGUCGAGCGUCUCGGUCGCAGGCGACCUGAAGAGGGGGCUUCCUAUAGGGAAUAGGAAAGGAACUUCGGCUGAAGAAACUAGCGGUAACUUCUCGAGGUUAAAACUGACUGCUGUGGAGAGCACUCCGCCGACUGGAGCCCCAGGGAAGAAGGGGCGACUAAGAGAUAAACCUUGACAAGUUAGUGAAAUGUUAGUCUGAAGAGAAGAAAGUGAAAGCUAUUAUGCAGUGAGCAACAACGAAAACGUCACAGGGAACACCGAAGCCAGAAAAGGGCAAAGGUAGCCCUCAGGUUGGAACAGAUCCAGGUUUUUACGGAUGGAAGUUUUGUGGUAUUUACUAGUUCUUACUCUGUAGUAUAAUAAUAUACUUAAUCUGAUUGCGAACUAGAAACCUUUGUCACUCAGCUGUUUUACACAGACCAGCAGCGUUGUUCCACCAGAGAGCCUGUUUAGAACUGUAUAACCUGAGGCUCCAUCCUACAGAAUCAGACUGCAUUUUAACAAGAUCCUCAGGGGAAUGUAUACACGUAUUAAAGUGUGGGAAGCACUGCUUUGACAACUGGCAGAGAGCAAAUCUAGAUUUGAUUCUUCUUCAUGUCCUGUGUUCAUCUUGUACAGAGGAUUUGUCUACAUUCUUACCAACUGGAGGGAGUGAACUGGCUAGCCCAGUGCUUCCACUGUCAGAAUGGCUGCAUCCUGGGAGAUGAGAUGGGGCUGGGUAAGACCUGCCAGACGAUUGCUUUUCUCAUUUACUUGGCAGGAAGAUUAAAUGAUGAAGGACCAUUUUUGAUUCUCUGUCCCUUGUCUGUUUUGAGCAACUGGAAAGAAGAGAUGGAGAGAUUUGCUCCAGGGCUUUCUUGUGUAACAUAUGCUGGUGACAAGGAGGAGAGAGCCCACCUACAGCAAGACCUAAAACAAGAGUCACAUUUUCAUGUGCUGCUAACUACCUAUGAGAUUUGCUUGAAAGAUGCAGCAUUUUUAAAAUCCUUCCCUUGGAGUGUUCUUAUUGUGGAUGAAGCUCACAGGUUGAAAAACCAAAGCUCCUUGCUGCAUAAGACACUUUCAGAGUUCUCAGUAGCCUUCAGUCUCCUGUUGACUGGAACUCCCAUCCAGAACAGCCUCCAAGAGCUCUACUCCCUCCUCAGUUUUGUGGAGCCUGAUCUCUUUUCCAAGGAGCAGGUAGAAGACUUUGUUCAGCGUUACCAGGAUAUUGAGAAAGAGUCUGAAUCAGCAAGUGAACUACACAAACUCUUGCAGCCAUUUCUGUUGAGGCGAGUGAAAGCUGAGGUAGCCACAGAGCUUCCCAAGAAGACGGAGGUAGUGAUAUACCAUGGCAUGUCAGCACUGCAGAAAAAAUACUACAGGGCCGUCCUGAUGAAAAACCUAGAUGCAUUUGAAAAUGAAGUGGCAAAGAAAGUUAAACUUCAGAACAUCUUGUCUCAGCUUCGAAAGUGUGUGGAUCACCCAUAUUUGUUUGAUGGUGUGGAACCAGAGCCUUUUGAAAUUGGAGACCACCUGAUUGAGGCCAGUGGGAAACUUUACCUACUGGAUAAGCUGCUGGCAUUCCUGUAUUCUAGGGGCCAUCGAGUUUUGCUUUUCUCCCAAAUGACUCAGAUGUUGGACAUUCUCCAGGACUACAUGGACUACAGAGGCUACAGCUAUGAGCGUGUGGAUGGUUCUGUGAGAGGAGAAGAGAGACACUUGGCCAUUAAGCACUUUGGACAGCAGCCCAUUUUUAUUUUUCUCCUGAGUACAAGGGCAGGUGGAGUUGGCAUGAACUUAACAGCAGCAGAUACCGUUAUUUUUGUUGACAGUGAUUUUAAUCCUCAGAAUGACUUGCAAGCAGCUGCCAGGGCUCACCGAAUUGGCCAGAACAAGUCUGUUAAAGUUAUUCGGCUGAUUGGCCGAGACACUGUGGAAGAAAUAGUCUAUAGGAAAGCAGCCUCCAAACUGCAGCUCACCAGCAGGAUCACAGGAGGAGACCGUGUUACUCUGGGAGCUCAGAAACCUGCGGGCGAUGCCGACCUCCAGUUGAGUGAGAUACUCAAAUUUGGUUUGGAUAAACUGCUUUCCUCUGAGGGGAGCACCAUAGAUGAAAUAGACCUGGAGUCUAUCCUGGGAGAAACAAAAGAUGGCCAGUGGAUCUCCAACACCUUGCCUACAGCAGAAGCGGGAAGCAGAGAGCAAGAGGAGGGCAGCAAGUUGGGGGUGAGACCAGAGCAGACGGCACAGCGCUCCGAGCGAGAACAAAAUCAUAUGUACUUAUUUGAAGGUAAAGAUUAUUCUAAGGAGCCUAGUAAAGAAGACAGAGAAUCAUUUGAGCAACUGGCGAAUCUUCAGAAAACCAUUUUGGAGAGAACUGGUCAAGAGGGCCCGUUACUCCGAAAUAAAGUCAGUGUUCUCAUCCCUGGUAUGGUAGGAGGGCCAACCAAAAGGAAGCGGAUUCUGAGCCCAGAAGAGCUGGAGGAUAGAAGGAAGGAAAGAGAAGCAGCAGCAGCCAAGAGAAAGAGAGUAAUAGAGGAGAAGAAGAGAAAGAAGGAAGAAGCGGAGCAUAGGAGAAAGAUGGCCUGGUGGGAGUCCCACAAUUACCAGUCCUUCUGCCUGCCUUCUGAGGAGAGCAAACCAGACGGCCUGGAGGAGGGUGAAGAUGAGAGUUCUGCCCAACUAGAGUACGAAGACCCGGACUUGACCUCCAUCAAGUAUGUGAGUGGCGAUGUCACCCACCCACAGGCCGGGUCAGAGGAUGCUGUCAUCGUGCACUGCGUAGAUGACUCUGGCCGCUGGGGCAGAGGUGGUUUAUUCACAGCUCUGGACACACGAUCUUCUGAGCCAAGAAAAAUAUAUGAGCUGGCUGGGAAAAUGAAAGACUUGACUUUGGGAGGUGUCCUUUUAUUUCCUAUUGAUGAUAAAGAGUCAAGAAGCAAAGGGCAAGAUUUGUUGGCCUUGAUUGUGGCUCAGCACCGUGACCGCUCUAACGUCCUGUCUGGUAUUCAGAUGGCAGCCCUAGAAGAAGGCCUGAAGAAGGUAUAUUUAGCAGCAAGGGAAAAGAAAGCAAGUGUUCAUCUUCCACGCAUUGGACAUGCCAUGAAAGGUUUUAAUUGGUAUGGUACUGAGAGACUUAUUCGGAAAUACUUGGCCACAAAAGGCAUCCCAACUUACGUAUACUACUUUACUAGAAGUAAGGCUGCCACCCUUCAUUCACAGUCACCUCCCUCCUCAGGACAGCCAGUGCCUUAACAUCAGCCCAGCAUCAGACUCGCCUUCAGCAACCAGCUAAAAAGAUAUUUGCCCAGAGCUGCUGUGUAAUAGUGUAUCUCAGGAAUCAGGAUCUGGUGGGCCUCUGACUCUGCUUUCUGCAUUCUAAUUUUGUUCUCCAGGAUGUGUUACCCUGACUGGGUAUCUGUAAUACAGAGAUGCACAACUUAAUGGGGAAAAACCUUAGGCAGCUUGCCAAGGCUCCAGCUUACUUAGCUAUAUGCAUAAUAAUAAAUUUUCUAAUGUCUAA